UCUCCAAUAUAGUUAACCCGACCAACAAACCCAGAUUCAAAUCCGCUCCAAACUUGAAACGCACCUACCCGUUAAGUCCACAACUCUAUCCUCCUUUUCUCGACAACAACAAAUCAUUAUUAAAAAAAUGGUCUCAUUUUGAGUUUGACUAAUAGCAAAAGGAAGAAAGAAAUUUCCUUCUUGUUCUUCUGUUUCUAAACAGGGAAAGAGAGAAAUGGAUGGAGGAGCUCAGUAUAAUCCUCGCACAGUGGAAGAGGUUUUUAGGGAUUUCAAAGGCCGAAGAGCUGGCAUGAUCAAAGCGCUCACCACAGAUGUUGAAGAAUUUUAUCAGCAGUGUGAUCCUGAGAAGGAGAAUCUGUGCUUGUAUGGCUUCCCAAGUGAACAAUGGGAAGUCAAUUUACCUGCUGAGGAAGUCCCUCCAGAACUACCAGAACCUGCCUUGGGUAUUAACUUUGCAAGGGAUGGCAUGCAAGAAAAGGACUGGUUAUCUUUAGUUGCUGUCCAUAGUGAUGCAUGGCUGCUUUCAGUUGCCUUCUAUUUUGGUGCAAGAUUUGGAUUUGAUAAAGCUGACAGGAAACGGAUUUUCAACAUGAUUAAUGAUCUUCCAACAAUAUUUGAAGUUGUAACUGGUGCUGCCAAGAAACAAACAAAGGACAAGUCAUUGGUUUCAAAUCAUAGCGGCAUCAAAUCAAAAUUCAACUCCAAAGCGCGGGAAUCUCAGGCAAAGUAUUUGAAAGCAUCACAGCCGAAGGAUGAAGAGGACGGCUUGGACGAGGAAGAUGACGAAGAGCAUGGAGAGACCUUGUGUGGGGCUUGUGGUGAGAACUAUGCAGCAGAUGAGUUCUGGAUUUGUUGUGAUGUCUGCGAGAAGUGGUUCCAUGGGAAGUGUGUGAAGAUAACUCCAGCUAGAGCUGAGCACAUUAAGCAGUACAAGUGUCCGUCAUGCAGCAACAAGAGAGCUCGCCCUUGAUAUCAUGAAAAUGUGCCGUCUCUCGUCCUCUCCUGCCCCAUUUGUACUUUACUCUCUGUGUACUCUGCUAACUGCACUGUUAAUCAGUUUGUGUCUUUUGUACACUAGUGCAGCAUGUGAAUGAUCACUUUGGUCUAGGAAAUCUCAGUUUUCAAUA